AUGGCGAAUGUGGCUGCAGGCAGACAGGUGGUACGCUGCAGCCGGUGGGAGCACAGUACCGGCUGGACAGAAGACGAGGCACUAGCAGGAUAUGAAGACAUCGCUGGUCAAUAUAGCAUCAUCGAUGUCCAGAUCAGAACAACCCAUGCACUCUCCCUCAUCUUCGUCGGGCCAGCUUCCGUUGUGCCAGUCACGGUGCCGUUCCCCUUGCUGGACGCCGCUCGGAGGACCUCCAGGGCCCGCAGAUUUCGACUCCGCACGGCCCCGACCCGUUCUCCCUCCACCAUUCAAUCGCCGUUCCGUGCUAUCUAUGCACCCAGCCCAACCCCGCGACAACCACCCAGUUCCGGCUCAUUUUCGUCCUCCUUGCAACUAGGCACCUAG